CUUUUAGAAUUCAAGGAAGCUUUUUCUUUAUUUGACAAGGAUGGAGAUGGUAUGAUCACCCCUAAAGAGCUGGGGACAGUGAUGAGAUCUCUGGGACAGAACCCGACGGAAGGGGAACUUCAGGAUAUGAUCAACGACGUUGACACCGAUGGUGAGUUAGUGUUGGUCAUAGCAUGAUUUGUAUAGUGAUAUUUGGCAUAAAUACCACAAGUGAUAUUUCGAAAUUGUUAUACGUAAUUUCACGAGCCGUUAGGUUAGUUAGUAAAAGUAGUAGCAUAAUUUUUAGUGAUAUUUGGCAUAAAUACCACGACUGAUAUUUCAGCUUAUUUCGAAAUUGUUAUAAAUAAUUUCACCGGCCGUUAGGCGAGUGAAAUGUGAGACAAUUUUUGGAUCACGAGUGGUAUUUAUGCCAAAUAUCAUGUACAAAUCAUGCUAUAUAUUGUUUAUACGACUGCCCGCUAAAAGUUUGUAAUUUUUACAUAAACGUAUUUCAAAUUAAGCUGAAAUACCAUGCUCUAAGCCAAUCAAAUCGCAGAAAUUUCUCAUGUACUAGUAUAAAUGAAUUAACAGUAUGGUCAAUCUCAGUCUCUACGAAAACGGACCGGGACCAGCACUAAGCCUCCGUCUUAGAGAGAGAUGUCCAUCUUAUAGGGGUCAAAUAAAGAGACGAGUAAUGAAAGGCAGGCACCAACUAUAGCUGUCCGUUUUACAGAGUUGUCCGUCUUAUAAAGGUGUUGUCACUGCACCGUCAAAUCCCUCUAAGAUGAACUCUUUUAUAAGACCCACGCCUCUGUAAAGGGGACACCUAGAUUUGGUCCCUGCCUUUCAUUGCUCGUCCCUUUAUUUGACUCUCUAUAAGACGGACAUUUCUUUCUAUGUGUCCGUGCCUCUUAGAAAGGGUCAACUAAAAGGAGAAAGAAAGGCAGGGACCAACUCUAGCUGUCCGUUUUAGCAAGGUGUCCAUUAAGAGUGAGGUGAAUGUAUACAGUCGAACCUCCACUAACGGCCACCUCUCCACAACGGCUACUUUUUUGUCCCGGCGCGGACAUUCCGCACACAUUAACUCAUGUUUAAAUCUCUCUACAACGGCAAAGGCCAUUAAAGCAGGUCCACACUGCCAAAAUGACCUCUCGAAAAAGGCAAUUUUUUUUCAUUUGACUGAUGGAAAAGUCAAGAAUGGUUGCGAAAUUUGCUCCUUAUGGCGCGUUGAUGAUUAAUCGUGGCAAUCGCAUUUUGAUUGUGUUCCAUUCACGUACUGCUGCAGAAAGCAUAAAUUGUACAUCGGAUCCACGAUAGUAUGGGACUUGUGACAGUAAGCAUGAACUGACGUUGUACUCCCUCAAAAAAAUUGUCAUAUUUAUUAACCUCUACCUCCCCACAAUGGCCAUUUUCUGUUUCCAAGGUGUGGAGAGAUUCGACUGUAUUAAGAUUCCGGAGAUCGAUCUCAGUCUCUCUCUAGCUCUCCGUUGGUAAGUUGGUGACGAUGUCUAAUUCUCUCCUGCAAACCCUGCAGAGCUGGCAUUACGCAUUAAAAUGGCAGUCGCAUCUCCUGUGCAGAACACAAAACAAUGCCCUCAAUACAGCUUUGCGCUAAAUUUAAUUUUAUAUUUGCGUAAUCAGGAAAUGGGAAAAUUGACUUCCCUGAGUUCCUUACUAUGAUGGCGGGAAAAAUGAAAGACUAUGAAGGCGAGAUGGAAAUAAAAGAGGUCUUUCGAGUUUUUGAUAAGGAUGGCAAUGGCUUCAUCAGCGCUGCUGAGUUGCGACUAGUCAUGAGUAACCUAGGAGAGAAACUUACGGAUGAAGAAGUAGAUGAGAUGAUCAGAAAAGCUGACAUUGAUGGUGAUGGACAAGUCAAUUAUGAAGGUGAGAGCAUCCACGGUAAAAUAGUUUCUGCCACGCCCCUAACACCCCAAGUUCACUCAACAAUAAAUAGCUCGGUCGCUCAUGAUCAUCAGCACGUUAAAAUUAUACCGGUCGGGCAAUUGGAUCUAACAUGUAAGUGGCAAGUGGCAACACAAAAAUUCAAGUACGUCAACUUAAGAAGAAAAAUUUUUUAUCUUGUCUUCUCACUUUGAUCUCCUUCGCAGCCGUUCUUUGUGUCGUAACGCAACGUAUUUGGCCAUCGUUUAUUUGCGCCUUUACACCUUAAUUCAUCCCUAUCAACUUACAAAAAUACUGUUCUCAGUAUUUUAAGCUGCAUAGUGCAAAAUAUUUAGCAUACAUCUCGUUUUAUUUUCUCUAGAAUUUUUAAAGAUGAUGACCGGCGAAUAACUUCAUGAGGCAGCACGAUUUCUUGGUGUACUAUAAUAGAUGUGGCCGCAGCAAGACCGCUUGAUGUUCUGUCUAAUUACUUCUCACCAGAAUCUCGCGCUAUACCGUCUCAAUGCUGCGUGUCAACUUCAUUGUGAUUUGUGCUUCCGACAGUACAACUUUUAAUUUUUGUGCCAGGAUAAAAAGUUGCAUUGUAAUCUGCGUCACUCAUAAUAUGCGUUGUAUUUUAAGUCCUUAUGGAAAAGCACUUUUACACUUGUUUAAUAAAUCAAUGUAACUUAUUUCAUUACCAAAUGAUCGGUGUGGUGUCAAUAAUAUUACUCCGAAAAAGUGAUCGAUUUAUUUGAUGGACUUGAUGAUACCUUCCGGGACAUUCUAAUUCAAUGGAUGCGUACACCGACACAUCACAGGGAGAUUUGCAAUCACGCUUUGAAAUAGCCUGUGUACAGAAGUCCCCCCUCCCUCACGUCUGUACACAGGCUAGCUUUGAAAGAGAAAACACUUAAUUUUCGGACGUUCAAGCAGUGGUGGAUGCCACCCCCCCCUCCCCCCUCCCCCACGCUCCCCUCCUCUCUGAGGUUUUUCUGAGUUUUCCCCUGAUGACGUUAAUCAAAUUGGAGGUUCGGCAACUAGUUUUCCCGCUCUGUGCCCUGUCCAUCGGAAGGAUUUGUUCUUUGAUGUUCCGUUCUGUAAUGUAAACUUUCCACGUUUUAACUCUCAAGUUUUUCUUUUACAUUCUUGUAAAAAAUCGUUUAGUCUUGCCUUGGUAGUGUCAUUCCCAUCCCCGUCCGAGUCGCUGAAUUGCACAUGAUGUACAAGUUAAACGCACAGAAAUGUUUAUUCUCGCAAUGCCCGCGUAUAGUACCAGCUUGCUAAAGAGUCUCGUGACAGAUCCACCUGCUAGGGACAAGUACUUGAGGUCACACAUGUAGAAGUGGUUGUGUGUGGGUCUACCUGUGCUUAGGUGAAAAGAAUUGACGGGGAUCAGGAGAUGGGAGGAGGAACGCUGUCAUUUCUUCAAUUAGAAGUGAUCGAUGAGUAUUUAUUUAUGGGCCCUAUCUUCACAACAAAACUCUUUGACUGAUAGAUAAACGGGAAUUGGGAAUUGAAAUCGGGAAGAGAGUCUCUCUCCCCCUUUUUUUCUGAGGGGAGGGGGGCGUCUGUACACAGGCUAGAAUGAUGAAGAAAAAAAGCCCUUCUGAAUUGAUGCAGGUGAUGUCAAAAUUGAGUUGAAAAAGUAAUAAGAAAAAAUUGAAGCUUUCCUUAUGAAAUGGAUCUUUGCCAUUUACGAAGGUGUGGAAGAGGGUAGGGGUGUUUAUUUGCCUGCAGGUUGACGGAAGGGCGCGUAUAAGAUUAGAGAAAGUAUAAAAUACAUUUUUGCUUAUUUAAUUGCAACUCACCCCAUGUAAGGAUAUCCGAGACAGGCUUGGAUUUUGGAUUCCCCCCCGUGGAUUCCGGUUUCCAGGAACUGUGUUCAAUUCUUUGUCAGUGUAACUUGGAUUCUGGAUUACAACUGUUACUGGGAUUCCGGAUUUCAUUAGCUAUAUAUCGUAUUCCAAAGCCCAGGAUUCCAGAUUCCACAAGCCAAAUUUUCCUGGAUUCGGAAAUCCGAAUUCCCUUACAUUGGGCUAUGCAACAGCUAGGCGUGGCCACAGCGACGCAAACUGAACGACGCAUUUAUCAUGAUGCAAGGCCUAAUAGGGCUUCCCUUUUAAUAAGAAGCCAAUAAAAAGAAUGCCAAAAUUUACCCACCGUAAUAAAUAUUUAAAAAGUUUUUAACUUCACUAAUGAACGGUGACUAGACUAUUGGUUGCAGACAUUUGGCUAAGGCAGGAGAAUUUGAAUCUCAAAAUGGUAAGUUCAGUUUAUUUAACACUAAAUAUUGUUCUCUCUAGCCUAAGUAUGCACCUCACGAAUUGUGAUUUAUGCUAAGGUUAGAUUGAACUGGCUUGCGUCAAUAAUAUCUUCCAUUCGUCUUGUAACUUGUGAUGAACUGUUACACUGACCGUGAGAAUUAAUACUUUUUUUAGCGAAUGACUUGAAAGGCUUUGCUUUCUGCGCUGAAAAUAUUACAUUGCCGUGAAAGGACGAGAGACAAGGAAAAGUAAAGGCGUUCUUAACAACCUACUUAAUGCCUUGCUUAGUUGGAAUCCUUUAAGAUCCAGAAACGGUGUGUGCAUGCCUAGCCGAUCGCUCAAAAAAAUCUACUAAGUCGUGUGAAAUCUCAAUACACAUGAAUGAAGAAUAAAACAAAACAAAAAAUGCUCACUAUAGGUUUGAUUGUCGAAGCCUGUAAUACCGAUUAUAUUCUAAGGCUGGCCUGAAUAUUAGUCUGUACACCAAGCCCUAAAGUAAAUUAAAAAUUCCCGUUUCAAUUAAUUAUUUAUUUUUAAUCAUCGAAUUUGUAUUCAUCUGUACGUCGUGAACUUAGAACUCGAUGCGCUUGGCUUUGAUAUAUAUAUUUUUCCACUUUAUUUAUUUUCGAUGAAGCAGAAAAUUAUUUGCAGAGUAGUGACACACCAAAUAAUACAAUGGAAAAUUUGGCACUUAAUAAAGAUUGAACACGCCUUGACCGGUGGUUAUGUUAGGGUUAUGAAUGUUUAAUGAUUCUGCUCGAAGUUAUUUUCUGUUUUUAUUUUCUCAUUUCGGCCUGUUUUGGGAACUUCUGGAGAAAAUGUUCUUUUUGUACGGAACAACCCUAAUUUCAUUAAAAGCCUAAGAAAGCGACUAUACCGGGUUGUUAAGUGAUAUCAAAGAACGAUUAUCGACAUCGAUUGCACCCUCAAAUUUGUGAUUCAUUAUUACAGUUACAAUUUUGUAUAUUACAAUUAAUACGUAAAUAAUCAUAAUCAUGUUUUCUGGGUUGCAAGCUAAAAAGUAGCCAGAUAAAAAAGCAUUAACUUUAGGGAAAGAUAAGCUAUUCUGCCGGGAAUAAGAAUUAAGGAAAAAAAACAAAUAAUGAAUAAAUGAAUGAAUGAAUAAAAUAAAUAAAUAAAUAAGUAAAUAAAUAAAUAAAUCAGACAAAUGGAUAAAUAAGCUUCGUGUGUCUUCGCGAGUAAAAUGCUACGUUUUACAUAUUUAGUUUUACACCUAGAAGACAGUGUUAGGUUUAAUUUGCCUUCCACACAAGUAACACCCAUUAUGUUUCAAAUUAGGAUAAGUACUGAGUUUAAGUAAGGUAGAGACGCUUAGCUUGUGGAAGUAAUCUUUGUCACUAAUGAUUACAACUGUAUCUUUUGCUUCAAGGGUGAUCAUAAUCUUACUGAUGAACAAAUUGCAGGUAUGGAUUUUACACAUUAUUAGAUUCUAGCUUUUUACAGCGUGCUCUUUAACUGAUAUUAAGUAGAAAAACCCAUCCCUUAACUUGUUUUCUUGUUACUAGUCCUACGUAUUUCAUCGAGAUCUUUCUAUUUGGGUCAUGUGGAGGGUCGUGGAAAUAAAUUGACGGUUAACAGAAAACCAUACUGAUAUUUAGUACAAAAUGUUUCAACAUGUUUGUUCAAGUUUUAAGAAAAGGUUGUCUUUUCAGAGAAUUGAGAAAGUCCCAACUACACAUUGAUUACUCUUUGCACGUUUUUUCUUUUCUAAAGAAAUCAAGGAAGUUUUUUCGUGUUAUGACAAAGAUGGAGAUGGUACAAUCACCACGGAAGAGCUGGGAACAGUGAUGAGAUCUCUUGGACAGAAUCCAACAGAAGCAGAACUUCAGGAUAUGGUGAAUGAGUUGGAUACGAAUGGUAAUUAAGUGUUCGCCUCAAUGUUCUGUCGAUCGCUUGGCAGGAUAAAAGUUGUCUGUAGGAACAAGCAAAUUCUGAAAAACCUAAUGAUAAUGAUCUGUUUUUGGCAUUGUUCACGCUUCUUUAAAUUACAUUCAAUUAUCCAGUUUGCCUUUGGUUUUAAGUUGUCCCAUUUGACUGGAAAUGUGUCAUUACUUUUAUGGGUUCUUUAAACAAAGCCAAGCAAAGUUCAGCAUUGUGGUUGAGGGUUCAGAUCCAUCGAUGGAUGCCUGUCAGCCAUUUUUUCUAAACUUAAAAUAUCCAAAGAUGUCAGAAGCCUUAAAGGCUUCUGUAAGUACUGCAAAUCAUGCAAGUUCGCUUUGGUAUGCAAAUGUGGCAUUUACCAUCUUUGCCCCAUACUACAGCUCUAUUUUUUUGUCGAGUGUUUCUCCUCUGUAAACAGCAUUCGGCGUAUCUUCAAAGAAAAAGGAUAUCUUUAUUGGUCACAUAAGUAAAAAAAAAAAGCUCCGUACUUUCGAGUCUCCACUGAAUUACGCAGUUAAACAUUACCAGGUGUUGACACUUUUUGCUAUAUUCCAGCAAUUUAAAUCAAUAACUAACUAAUGAUUAGCUAGUGCUGAAGGUUUAUUCAUACAAUACCCCCCUAAACCGGACGUAGGGGGCAUACAGUCAAGGUGUUACUGUGUAUUCCUUUAUUAUUUUUUUAAUAGGUAAUGGAAAAAUCGAGUUUGAUGAGUUUCUACCUAUGAUGUGUCGGAAAAUGAAGGAAGUAUACUUAGCUGAGGUAUUAAGGGAGACGUUCAAAAUUUUCGAUAAGGACGGCAAUGGUUAUAUUAAUGCUUCUGAGCUGAAAGAACUCAUGGAAAAACUGGGAGAAAAACUAUCAGAUGAAGAAAUAGAGAAGAUGAUCGCCGAAGCAGAUUUGGACGAAGACGGAAAAGUCAGUUACAAA